AUCCGGCACUUGGAGUCCUUCUAUGAAAAACCUCCUCCAGGCCUAAUUAAGGAAAAUGAAACCAAACCAGAAGACUGUAUACCUGAUGUGCCCGGCAAUGAAAGCGCUCGAGAGUUUCUGGCUCAUGCCCCAACUAAAGGACUUUGGAUGCCAUUGGGAAAAGAAGUCAAAGUGAUGCAGUGCUGGAGAUGUAAACGUUAUGGACACAGAACAGGAGAUAAAGAAUGCCCAUUCUUUAUUAAAGGCAAUCAGAAAUUGGAACAGUUCAGAGUAGCACAUGAAGACCCCAUGUAUGAUAUAAUAAGGGAAAAUAAACGCCAUGAAAAGGAAAUGAGGAUACAGCAGCUGAAGCGAUUGUUAGAAGACUCUUCCUCAGAUAAUAGUGGAAGCAGUGACAGCUCCAGUUCCUCAGAAUGUAAAGAGAAACACAAGAAAAAAAAGAAGAAGAAAGAAAAGAAAAAAAAGGAAAAGAAGAAGAAAAAGAAAAGAAAGCACAAAUCUUCUAAAUCAAAUGAGAGAUUGGAGACUGACUAAUAGCAGUCAUUUAUUGCCUGCUUCUUGUCUCUGUUGUGAGCAAAUGCCCAAAGAAUGAGAACAACCAACCAAAACUAGGGCAGAUUGAACAUACAAUUGGCUAUAUCAGAUAUACUACUUUCUUGCUCAUCUGCAGGAAACAAGGGAUGAGCUGCAUCAUGGCGUUUAAAAGAAACAAAAACAUUUUACACAAGGUUACCUUCAUACUGUGAAAUUUAGACUAAUGUCGCUUGAUAGUUGAUAAAACUUUAUUGUUGUGUUGCCACCCAUUAAAGCAAGUGGAAGAAUAAAGAACAUCAAAGACAUGUCAACAAAUAGAAUACAGCAGAACCCACUAAUGAAGUGUUUUCCUCACAAAAUAAUGUAGCUACAUGCAGAGCUUCAUUGUAAUGGGAAUUACAGUUUGAACUGUGCAAAGCAUUGAAAUGUUUUAUGACUUCUCCAUUUAUGGAAUAGUACAAUGAACAUUAUAUUAAAGCUUAUUGUUAACAGGCUAUAUAUACUGUGUCCUCCCUGCAUACUGUCCAUAAGCUGAUGUUGGCUUUGAUUAUCCUAGGUUUGACAGCUGACAGAGCUUUAACUGCAUGACAGAAAAACAAUGUUAAUGAACUUUUAGGCAAAAACAGACUGUUUACAGGGUUUGUUUUAAGAAUCUUGAAUUGUGUCAUUGCUCAGUUGUGUUGCUUUGAUAUUUUUAUGAUUUGGGCCACAUGCUGAAACACUCGACACUGGGUGGCACUUCACUUAACAUAAUCCUAUUGGACUUCAGUUUUGCUAGCUUAAAAGAACACUACACUUACUGGGAAAAGCUAGCAUUUUAGUUGCUUAAAAAGGAGUUUUUAUGCUUGAAAACAAGUGACCAAUAUACUUCCAAAUAUGGUUCAGUAGCUAUUGUUUUUAUUUUUUAUUUUUUUUAAGGUUUGGAGAAGUAAAUUAAACCUGUUCUGUACAUUUAGUACAUUGUUUCACAAAAUGCUGCUGCAUUAAAUGCAGCAGAAAUAUAUGAAUGUUACUCAUAAUACUCUAAAAAGAAUAUAUGGAAGGAACCUAAAUUGUCUUGCAAGCAUAUUUAUGCAAGCUAUAGAAAAGCAGUAGCAAGCUGGAAGAAGGGAAUUUUUUUGUCAAGAACAUGAAGAUGGUCUAGUUUUGUAAAACACAAAAUUUUUAAUAACCUUGCAAAUAUCACAAAAGUGGGAAGAUCUAUAAAACUUUAAAUUGCAGAGUACCAAAUCUGUCUAUAUCUGAAAGCUGAAUAGCUAAAUGGAGUAUAUGGUAGUGGGAACUUGUGGUUUUAGGAAGGCUGUACAUUGAAAGAAAACAUGCAAGGGGCAGAAGGGGGUUUUGUCCGGGGUUUCCUUUCAGAACGGUUUUGUGAUGAUUAAUGAAAAUCUUAAAAAUCACUUUGUCUUUACAUUAAAAGUGCUAAGAAUGUC